GAUUUCAUGCAGUACCGGGCUAGGGUGCAGUGCAGGGUCUCUCCGGGUAAACCCAAGACAGGAAAAGAGGCAGGGGUAUUGACGAUGGUCGAUUACCAGUUGAGGUUAACAGAUAUUGUAGUGCUCCGGCGGAGGAGAGGACACCAUUCAUGAUGACAAAGUCUGGGCGGAUUGCGAUAGCUCAUGGCGUUGGCUUAAUAGUCACCGUUGGGGUGACUUUUCUGUUUGCCUCUCUUAUCCUCACCUGUCAGUUGACUUGGUUCUAUCAGUCGAUCGACAAGUUGAAGCCUCCAACCAUGUGGAAAGGUGUCUUCCCCGCAGGGCUGCUGUCCCUUGGAUUAGCUAGUUCGGCAUCCUCUACCCUCCUUUAUGUGUCUUCCUAUGCUGGUACGGUUAGUACCUUCAGUCUAACCACGCCCGACGAUGACUCCGCCACCGGUGCUGCUGCUACCCUUGAGAUUAUCUCCAACUCUACGGGCUGUGGCCCGAACCCAUCGUGGCUCUCGCUUGACUAUUCCAAAAAUCUCCUCUUCUGUCUAGAUGAAGGUUUUACCGGACCCUAUGGAGGCGUGACCACGUUCUAUACCGACGAUGAUGGCACAUUGACCACCCUAGACAAGCUUGAUGUGAUCCAAGGCCCCGUUAGUAUAGCUGAAUUUGGUGUUGGUGGUCGUGGCCUUGCUAUAGCACACUAUUCUGGCUCUAGCGUCAGCGUCGUCGGCUUCGAUCCCGAGGGCAACCUCACGCUGGUGCUUAAUGAGACCUAUGCGCUCGAAGCACCUGGUCCCAACCCGGCGCGACAGGAGGCACCACAUCCACAUGAAGCGAUCCUAGAUCCUACCGCAUCUUACGUGCUGGUACCAGACUUGGGCGCCGACCAGGUGCGCAUCUACCAAGCAGAUGCCAGCACUCUCGGUUUGAAACCAGUGGCACCCCUUCCUGUGCGGCCCGGCUCUGGGCCGAGACACGGAGCAUUCACGGUAACUCCGAGAACGACGUACUUCUACUUGGUCUCUGAACUGGCAAAUACAAUCACGGGGUAUGAGGUCAUCUACAACGACAACGAUACCCUUAGCUUCAAUGAGUUAUUUUACAUCCCUACUCACGGGGAAGAGAAAACUCUUCCGGAGGGAACAGGCGCUGCCGAGAUCCUUGUCUCUCCCGAUGGAAAAUAUCUGAUUGUCUCAUCACGCUGGGAGAAUUCGUUCAAUAUCACGAAUUUCGAUCCCAAUAACAGCACGGAGAUCCCUUCGGACCCACUGAUAACCUACUCAAUUGAUCGCUCGAACGGAAAUCUAACCAAGGUACAAGAAUUCGCAGCAGGCGGCAGUGGACCUCGGCAUUUCGCCAUCAAUGCAGAUGGCGAUUUAGUGGCGGUGUCGCUCCAGGCAGAUGGCCGCGUCGUUCUCAUCGAGCGUGACGUGAAGACAGGCAAGUUCACGGAUUACGUCGCGCAUGGAUACGUCGAAGGCGAAGUUACCGCGGCCAUCUUCCGCGAGGACUACCAUACUUUCUAACCGAGGCAUGUCUCGUGAGUGUCUAGACCAUGAUCCUAGAUAGAUUGAUAGACAGGUAGAGGAGACGUAUUCAAAUCGUAUGACUCGUAAAAAUACUAGGAUACUAUCGUGAAGUAAUAUCGUGUAGUAGUAAGACUUAGUGGUCAAUAUACAAGAUCG